AGCAACAAUUGCAUUCCGAUAUAUGAGGAAUUCACAUAUAUUAUACAAAGCGAUGAGAUGACAGAUAUAUUUUCUGGUGAAGUACAAUACUAUUUUGAACAUUCACUUGACCUUUCAAUAGAGCUGAUCAAAUUAACCACAAGUUUACUAUACCACUGA